UGUUUAAACCCCACGGAGAUGAAUAGGUUUCAAAAUCGCCAUUUGUAUAUCUGUAUGGAAGAAGGGAAACGACAAUUCAAACUCAAACCCCGCAUACAAUUGCACCUUAAUUCAUUAUCCACCCACCAAUUUUAUUUUAAUUUAAUAAAAUUUGUUCUUCUCAUUGAUGGCCUUGGCUUCCUCAUAACGGAGGAGGGAUCCCUGUAUUGCUUGCUGCUUUGGGAAAUUAGGCUAAAAAAUAAGUCCUCCGACGUUCCUCUGCGCCUCAUGGGCGGAAAUUUGGCGGGAAAUAAGGUGAAACAAGUGGCCUUAAGAGGGACGCAUAUCUUGACCUUGACGGAGAGCGGGAACGUGUAUCACAAUCACAUUCACAACAUUCGAGACUCAAAUUUGAUCCCCAAGAACAACUUUGAUUCCCAGGAAGUCAUCUCGAUCGCCUGCACUGCAGACGGCUUGGACGUCGCUCUUACAUCGAACGGAGAGUUAUUCCAAUGGGGACAGGACAAGUUGCCGAAAAAAGUGAUCUUUAAAAAUACAGCCGAGUUUAAAAAGGUAAGCUGGAUUAGAUAAGGGACAAAUUGGACACUUUGCAAAUUUACUGCUUGUUUUCUC